UGUCAGCUCAGGUGGAGAGACGGCUGCGUGAGUUGACAAGCUGUGAAAGCGGCAAGGUUACCAUGCCUGACUGAAUUGAUUCCAGUUACAUGUGGCGUAAGAGGCAGGGCCCCCCUUCAAAACGCAAUUCACUGAUGGAUGCUUCGGCAGGGCUCGAUUUUAAUCAUUUAAUUAAGAGGGAGUGAGUGAGCGCCGAACUCCCUCUCCCACCCCACCCCCUCCUCCUCCGGUUGUUACCGCCGCGUCUCUGCACAUACUCAAGGCAACGGCGAUGGUGGAAGUGUGGCGGGGAACGAGCUGAUCACAGGGCAUGGAGUGGGUCGCCGACUAAUAAAACGAAAGUGACGGCGCCCCGCUGCACUCUCACGCCGCGGGAAUGGUGAGCUUGGGUUGAGCCGCAGCGGUUCCUGCGCUGUCGCAGCGCUCGGUGCCAGAGACUCUUCGCCGUGCCAGAAUCUCUCGGGGGUCGGAUGUCGUUGGAACAGCAUCGAUUCAAACCCGAUCGCUGCUUCUGCUCCAAGUUAUCUGACAAAGACAGCCUACAGCCCACAGCUAUUGAUACUAGUGCAAGGUGCAUGAAGGGCUGAUCGUUCACGUCUCCCCAGGCUGGGAGCCACACCGAAGCAACCAGCAGGAAAACCAUUUUCCUUGCCGAGGCACCUGCUCGAGAGCAUCGCUGGGCUCUGGCCCAUGAGAGAUGAAUACCUACGGAUCUCCCUACAUGUACAUGGCUGGACCCGUGUCCCAGCCCCGGCCCCCUCUGCAGAGGACCCCUAAGUGCGCCCGCUGCCGGAACCACGGCGUCCUAUCGUGGCUGAAGGGACACAAGCGCUACUGCCGCUUCAAGGACUGUACCUGCGAGAAAUGCAUCUUGAUCAUCGAGAGGCAGCGGGUGAUGGCGGCGCAGGUGGCUCUCCGGCGGCAGCAGGCCAACGAAUGCAUCGGCAGCCUCAUUCCGGACAGCAUCCGAGCCGUGCAGGGCAUGGCUGGGGCGCCUGGCGCUGCCGAGCCCCGGCACUCGCAAGCCAAGAGCAGCGAGAGCGCGCUGCGCUGGGAUCCCGAGCAACCACACAGCCUCCCGGAGCCCAGGGCCGAUACAAGUGAUGAACGAUUAGAUGACCAGAUUAGAGAUGAGACCAUGGAAUCAUACAAUGACAAAUUGUCACGACAGUUAAGUUCACCAGAUAUGGUCAAAGACAAGAAUUGCUACACGUCCGACAGUCCCGAAAUGCCAGUGGUCGAAGAAGAACGGUUACCUAUUGAGAAGAGCAGCAACAGCUUGGAAACCCUUCCUGAGAGCUCCAAAUGUAAUCUGGAUCAGAGCCAAAUACUGAUGGAAGGAUUAUCUGGAGCUGUGCCAGUACCUUUUUCUUUAAAAGGUAAUAGACCUCCUAUAGAAGUGCUGAAGAAGAUUUUCCCAAACCACAAACCUACAGUCCUUGAGCUCAUUUUGAAAGGCUGUGGAGGUGACCUUGUUGGUGCCAUUGAAAUUCUUCUGUCUAGUCGCCCUGAUAGAUCUUCAGAAGCCCCUGAUGUAUUAAGCCUCUCAUCUAAUGGACAGACAUUUUUUGAACAUGCUUUUGGGUCCUAUCCCGUCGCCUCUUCUAAAUGGUCUGUUGGGUCAGCCUUUAGGGUCCCAGAUUCCUUGAGGUUCUCUAAUGAUCCUGGCAAUGUCAUGUCAAGCCCACUCACCAUGCCACUACAGCACCAAUUUCCUCAACCUCCUCGUUACCCACUGGUUCUGAGGAACACCUUGAGCAGAAACCAGGCAAGUCCAUUUCUAUCAAAUGAUGUUGCUCUGUGGAACACCAUGACACUUCAGCAACAAUACCAGCUCAGAUCCCAGUACCUUACCCCUUUCCCAAAUGCUUCAGCUGGCAUUUUUCGCAGGUCCCCAGUCCUUCCGUCUCACCCUACCAAUGACCCCAGGCUUUCAAUUGCUGAUGAAGGCUGCUCGAUGGUGACCAAACAAUCCAUUUAUGCAGAGGAGGACUACGAUGAGAGAUCAGAUUCUGCAGAUUCUAGAAUAUUGAACUCAUCCUCUUAAAUGAUAUGUAGCUGAUGCUCACCAAACAGAAUAUAAAAAGGAAAAUACUUGAAUUUACCAUUGAAGACUUGGAGCAGAAACUCCAUCCACAACUUAAUAUCCCCAAAAGGAAUAGCCAAAGGAUUAUAAAACAUAGUUAUCCAGUUUAUAUGUCUUAGAUGUAUUAGUUGAAAAAUAUGUAUAACUGGUAGCUACACUUUCUAAUGCAUGUUAUAUGCUGUGACCAUGAUUGCAAACAAAAAAGAUAGGCAUUUGAACAAGUACCUAUAGCACGCCCAAAAUUUUAAAUGCAAAUAAAUGAAAAAGAUGUAAGCACUCAUUUGUACAAAAUGUCAUUUACACUAUCCAGUUGAUUUAUUUGUUACAUUUGGCAUAAAUCAGGUCCACAUUUUCAGGACAGUAAUUGCUCUCAAAUAACCUUCAUUUACAAUAAGAAUAAAAGAGUGUACAAGGUAUCUUUGAUAACAAGGAUGGAUCCACCUUCAUCAUGCUAAUUACACUCAAGAGCAGUAAAUGUUGAGUUUAGAGAUAUGCACAAUUUGAACAUAUAGAAAUGCUUAAUUUUGCUCUCCACUAUUUUCUGAGCAAACUGAACUAAAAUAAAGCUUCAAGCUUCAAAUCAAAAUCAGUAUGUUGAUUUCUGAUCAAUGAGUAUCCAUUAUAUUUUGGAGAGCUUUAAACAAUAUGAAACUUAUAGCUCUACAGAGGUAGAAUAGAUUCAGGCAUGUGAAGCUACACUGUCAGAAUUAAACUGCUGAAUUGUUAAGCUCUUGAUCAACAGCGUUUAAUAUUUUCUCAGCUAAAUGGCCAGUGCAGACUGCAAGGUCUUCAUACAGGGUCGCAACCCGAACAUCAACCAUCCUUUUGCCUCUACAGAUGCUGCUCCUCACUCCAGCAUCUGUAAUUGCUUGUGUACACAGACUGCAAUGAAUUCGGAAGAAAUCAUUUA